CACAUAAAACGACAUUUUUCUACAUUAACAUUCAAUCUUCGGAGUCCAUCAGACGUAUUUCGAGACACUCGCGGGGCCACCCGAUAAAGUUGCGCUGAAUUUUUACAACGAUAUCAUCAUGAGCUCCAUAGCGACCAAUAAAGAGACAGAGGUUUCACCUGCAUCGUCGAAAAUUUUUGACGUUGACGGAAAAUCUAUGAUAAAACUCAGCUGUCCAUUCACUUGGGAUAUGGGAGAAAUCAUGGAAAUUCGAGUACGAUUAUUAAACGAUAACUUUCGUUUCAAAGAUGUUAUUGACAACCAAGAUCAGUUUCCAGAAUUUGUAUUAAUUUACUAUCUCAUGCUGGCCUAUGAGAAUGUAUCGAACGAGAAUCCGCAAGCCGCUGAAAAAUGCAUCAAGGACGCUGAAGAUAGUUUUCUUGAAAUUAAACAAAGGAAAACACUGGAAAGCGUAGAACGUGUCCUGCGACACAUUUUAUUUGGAACAAAGUACCAUGUGCUUCAACAGCUGGGGCAGCUGACACAGGCAGACGAACUGCUGAAAGAGAUAUGCAAUAUUAAGGACAUGAAUGAAACGGAAUUAGCCAUGUUGUCCGGGUGCCAAUGUUUAGCCUGGUCACUGUACAACGUCACUGAUAAUUCCAUGGCAAUGAAAUUUGCACAAGAGGCUGUCCAGCAUGAGCCCAGUAAUGGCAAAUGGUACUAUUUGGUCGGGAGAUGUUGCCGAACCUCAAGAACGAGGGAUCGUACGACUGAUAAACCAGAUAAACAUGAAUCAUUGGCUUUUCAGAGGGCUUACGAACUUUCUAAAAACGCUAUGUUUGGUGUAUAUUUGGCCCGAAUGUAUCGAGAGUCUAAACAAUAUGAAAAGUCUCUUAAAAUGUAUAAGCAAGUUGCUGCUGGUGAACCAACUUCUUGUAAAGUGCGAUUACAAUUAGCUCUAGGAUUUGUACGAGCGAAGGAUUGUAGUUUGGCAAAGAGUAGUCUGGAUUACGUAGCUGAAAUGAUGCCCACUUCUCCGAAAUAUGCACAUUACAUGGCUAUAUACGAGGAAACAUGCAAUCGAGACUUUGAGGCUGCUCUUCGUUAUUACACGACUGCAAUAGAGAAAGGAAAUUAUCCAGCGGAAUGGCCGUAUAUAGAGUGUAGAAAAAAAGUUGAACCUGAUUGGAAUCCACUGCCAUAUAUGUUGGAGUUAUUGAACAAGUACGACAAAGAUCCUGAUUCCCAAAUUCAAGAAAUAAACAUUAAAAUUGGAUUAUAUUAUUUGUUUCAUAUGGAUGAUAUUCUGUCAGCAAGUCAAUACUUUGACAAAGCUGUUCAAAUUGAUCCAAAUGCCAGAAGCCUAAAGUCACAUUACGUUUCUAAUGGGAACAAAGUGAAUGUAUUUUAUGCGUGGGCAGUAAAAAUCCGCCUUGCAUUACUGAUGAAAGCUACGGAACUCAGUACAGACGAGAUCGCCAAGUUGAAAGAUAAAUUGCAACUCUGUUCUGAGAAUGAUCAAAGAGCAUCUUCUAUCUCUGAUGAUUCAGAACAAACUUUGAACCAACGAUGGUCAGAAAUCUACCAAAGUGAUCAUCAUCGAAGUUCUGGUGGCAAUUCAAGAAAGCAGUAGAUCCAUCGAAGAAAUCAAUCCAAAGGCACAAGGCAACCGAAGCAUUUGUGACAAACAAUAUUAAUCAAGUAAAUCAAAAAAUAAAGGACAUUUAAUUGCAAAUUGUGAGAAACGUUCAAGAGACUGCGACUAUAAAAUCUUGUGGUAAAGAGGAAAGUACUGCAGCUGAAGCUACGUAUCAUCUUGUCAAAAAUUUCAAAACCCUGCUUUUUCACUAAGAUAACCGCCAGACAGCCUAAUGCUAAUUAUACUACUCAUUCCUGUGUAAUCAAUAUUUCGCAUACUCGGCUACGUAUCUUUUGUGCAACAAAUGGCAGCUGGCCCAAGGUCUGCUUCGAUUGCUGUCCAUCAUUCUCCAUUCCUUACACAUAUUUUCCACCGAGACCCAUGCAAGACAAACAAGCUUCAUUGUAAUUUCGCUAUUCUGUCACAUAUUUCUGUCAACUAUUAUGUUACAUACAUACAGACCUAUGAAUUUUGCAAUUACAACUCAAAUGUACAAAUUGUCACAUUUCUUGUGCUGAUUUUAAUUAUCUGCCAAUAAAAAU